AUGCCGCUCCCGCAUCCUCCGAAGCACGUCUCAGUAUCAGUGAGCUCCUCUGGUGAAAUAGUGGAGGGCAGUUCAGUGACUCUGACCUGCAGCAGCAGUGAUGCCAACCCACAAGUGCAGAAAUACACCUGGUAUAAAAAUAAUAUAGCUGAUUCUUCAUGGAGAGAUCGUCCGAAGAGAGUCUCAGUAUUAGUGAGCCCCUCUGGUGAAAUAGCGGAGGGCAGUGCAGUGACUCUGACCUGCAGCAGUUAUGCCAACCCUCCAGUGCUGAGGUACACCUGGUAUAGGAAUAAUUUUGCUGUGUCCCAAUGGGGAGGAUCCAGUUACACCUUUAAAAGCAUCACACUGCAGGAUGCAGGAGAAUACACCUGUGUGGCACAGAAUGUGAUUGGGAUAGAAAGAUCUCCUCCUAAACGUCUUGAUGUGCGGUAUCCUCCGAAGCACGUCUCAGUAUCAGUGAGCUCCUCUGGUGAAAUAGUGGAGGGCAGUUCAGUGACUCUGACCUGCAGCAGCAGUGAUGCCAACCCACAAGUGCAGAAAUACACCUGGUAUAAAAAUAAUAUAGCUGAUUCUUCAUGGAGAGAUCCUCCGAAGAACGUCUCAGUAUCAGUGAGCCCCUCUGGUGUAAUAGUGGAAGGCAGUUCAGUGACUCUGACCUGCAGCAGCAGUGAUGCCAACCCACAAGUGCAGAAAUACACCUGGUAUAAAAAUAAUAUAGCUGAUUCUUCAUGGAGAGGUUCACAACAGAGUUAUACCAUUAAUAACAUCAAAUCCGGGGAUGCAGGAGAAUAUUAUUGUGAGGCACAGAAUUGGAUUUGGGCAACAAAAUCUCCUCCUAAACGUCUUAAUGUGCAGUAUCCUCCGAAGAGCGUCUCAGUAUCAGUGAGCUCCUCUGGUGAAAUAGUGGAGCGCAGUUCAGUGACUCUGACCUGCAGCAGCAGCGAUGCCAACCCACCAGUGCAGACAUACACCUGGUAUAAAAAUAAUAGAGCUGAUUCUUCAUGGAGAGGAUCCAGUUACACCAUUAAAAGCAUCACACUGCAGGAUGCAGGAGAAUACACCUGUCAAGCAGGGAAUGGGAUUGGGACAAAAACAUCUCCUCCUAAACGUCUUGAUGUGAAGUAUCCUCCGAAGAGCGUCUCAGUAUCAGUGAGCCCCUCUGGUGAAAUAGUGGAGGGCAGUUCAGUGACUCUGACCUGCAGCAGCGAUGCCAACCCACCAGUGCAGAAAUACACCUGGUAUAAGAAGAAUGACCCUGCGGGAGUCUGGCAGGCAGGAUCUGGACAGAGUUUAAACUUUUCUGAGUUUAGAUCCUUGAACAGUGGAGAAUACUACUGUGAGGCACAGAACAGACUUGGAGCUCAGAAUGCUUCUGCUCUACUGGUCACAGUGCAAGGAGGUCAGUCACUGAUCGCGGGUGCAGCUGUGGGAGUGGCUGCCAUUUUGGCUCUUGUGUUUCUGGGUGUUGUGUGCCUGAGGAGGAGAAAAUCAACAAUCGAGACAGAAGGGGACAGGCAGGGGAAUAAAAGCCCCAUUUAUGGCAACGUCUCAGGGAUGGCAAUGAGUCACACUGGAACACAGGGUACGGACAGAGACGACGGUGAAGUUCCCCUCUACGCCUCUGUUCAGCCCGCUAACACCCGCAACCAGGAAAGACUUCUACACUCCGCCGAUCAAAAGUCACUCCCCCAGUGUGAGGAGGGUGUUCAGUACGCCAGCAUCCAGUUCCGCCCCUCCAGUGCUGCCCCCAGGUCACCAGCUCCAUCCGUAAAGGAAGACUGUGUUCUCUACAGCACACUUCGACACUUGGACAAGUGAAAAUAAACCAGGAAGAUAUCUUGCUUCAUAAACUGUGGACCAAUGCUGGUUAUUCAGUGUAAAUUUGGACAUUUCUUUUAAUGUGUGAGCAUUUCCUAUGUUUUUGCUUGAACUUUAAACAGCAAAUUGUCUGCAAAGUAAUCCUCAAGCGGUAUGAACCAAACAUUUCCUUCACUGGAUGAUACAUUUAAGAGUAUUUAUUAAAACCAGUGAACAUAAACUCUCCUCAUUACCUCAGGUCACAUGACUGUGCCUUUGUCACAUGACCAGGAUGACUAUGGCUAUUGGGUCUGCAAAGAUGUACCCCGAAUGCAUCAUUCCUUUGGCAUUCUAUCAAAAUGUACAUGCAUAACAGCUCAUGUCUUCAUAUUGUACACAAAGUAUUAUCAAGAUGUUGGUGACUGAAAGCCAUUAUCAUUGCUGAAUGUAUUCGUUGGCCAAAUAUACUGGAGAAUUGAGCUUUAUAUAUAAUUCAAUUUUUUUAAUUUUUUAAUUAAUACUUGUAUAACAUUUACAUGAUUAUGACAUUCCUGUGCACAUUUUGUGAUUAUAUUAUGCUUAUUACUGAACUGAUCCCAUCUAGAGUAUAAAUUCACAUGAGGUGAAUUUGUUUUUCACAUUCUUAGUGUUUAUUUUUUGUAUUGCUAAACGUUAGAAUUCAGAGCAUACCUUGAAUUUUUUUAACAAUCAUUUAAUGAAACAAACAAAAUAAACCUAUGCUUGAAGAAUUUUGUAAGUAAACCGUGUACUGUAGGUGUUACCCCCUGGGUUCUGCUGAUGGAAUAGAACAUGUGCAGGAAAAGCACUAAACAGGUACUUUAAAAAAAACAUCCCACAGGGCCUGCUGGAUUUCCAAAUUAUAAAAGGCUGAUAUAUAUAUAUAUAUAUAUAUAUAUAUAUAUAUAUAUAUAUAUAUAUAGCAGACACAGGAUGGGUAAGGAACCCAGUGGAAAAAUUUAGCGAAUGAUGUCACCAGUACUGUCAUUUAUGUUUUAGUACGGGGUGAGACCUGCACCACAUUGAGUUAAAUGAAAUAAAUAGAAAAUAUAUCUUUUAUAAACUGUUAAAAAAAGAAAAAAGAAAAAGAAAAUAAAAAAACUAUAACACCCAGAUUCAAGUAGGCUAAACAUUCUGUUUGUGGCAGUGAAAUUAACCUCAGGAGGAGAGAUGAAUGCAGUGCACCUUUUCUGCCUGUAGAUGGCACUAUUACUGCAGUACAUGAGUCCUGUCUGAGCGUUUCAGAUCGAUUUUCUCCAAGAUCGUUUGCGAAACUGAAUUAAGUAAUCUGGUUCAGGUAAUGGUUUUUUGUAUGGGGCUCCUGAACCUAAAAGUGUUUACCUGUGCCUGAUGCCUAUCACACCUUUUACAGACUCAUUGAUAUUAAGCUCUUCUGCUUUUACAGACUGUUUAUACUGUACAUGUAUUGGAAUAGGACAAGCCUCAGACCUUAGCAACAAUGUAUGCAUUAGCAGAUAGCUUCCUGCUAGUAGCUUUAGUUCACAUUGCCAAUGCAGUCACAGAUGUUUUAAUUCAGUCAUGCACAUGCAGCUGGAUGCAUAUUUUUAUUUGUUAUUGUUUUACAAGAUGUGAAAUAAAGACAAAAUUCAUCUGGGAACAGACAGAGAUGCUGAAAUUUAAAAAACAUUUUUAAAAAAAACAGAAACAAUGUCUGUAUUAAUUGCACAUCAGUGAAUAGAAUAAAGGUCUCAAGUGAAUUCAUACA